AAAUCAAUUAAUUUCCUUCGAAAUAGAAUUAAUUUAAUUUCCAUCAAAUGUGUUGAUCGGUUUUCGGUUUAUUGAGCAUCUUUAAUGUCUGACGUGUCGAUAUCAAAGCUCAUUCACUUUUCUUUGGUCUCUCGUUGGCAACAGUUUUGUUUUUCUAUCAUUUAGAUUGUUAUCAUUUAAUCAACCACAUUGAUUUUAAUUAAAUUAUUUUCAAUUCUACUUGUUGUGUCAACGUUCAAUUAACUAAAUUCACUUGGUGUCAUUAAUUAAAUUUGUUUGGUGAUAAAACAAUCAAACAUUUGGUGUGUGUUGGUCACCAUUCAUUUUGUAUAGUAAACAAAACUGGUCUCCUUUUCCUAUUCAAAGCAAUUGAAUUUGUGUUUGGUUUUUUUUGCUAGAAAACAAAAUGUUCACAAUUAAAUUGAUUACAAUUAUAUUUCUAUUCUAUUUAACUACAAGUGUUUCCUGUGCACGUAAAAAAUCAGAGAGUUCACUUUCACUUGGUGAACGUGUUGAACAAUUAACAGAAUUGUCCCUUCGUAAACCAGUGAUACGUUUAAAUGGAGAUAAAUUUAGACAAUAUGUUGGAGCGAAAAGUUUACCUCGUAAUUACUCCUUUGUGAUUAUGUUAACUGCGUUGUCCCCACACCGACAAUGUACCGUUUGCCGAUUAGCCAUGGAAGAAUAUACCAUUGUUGCCAAUUCUUGGAGAUAUUCCCCAUCAUUUUCCAGUAAAUUAUUCUUUGGAAUGGUUGAUUUUGAUGAAGGAUCAGAUGUUUUCCAACAAUUGGGUAUUGGAUCAGCACCGGUUUUCCUUUACUUCUCUGAAAAGGGUAAACUUAAGUCACCCGAGGUUAUGGAAAUUGAAAGGAAAGGCUAUGCUGCAGAGACAAUUGGUAAAUGGGUGUCCGAAUUGUCACAAGUAUCAAUUAGAGUAAUUAGACCGCCAAAUUAUUCCACAACAUUGGCAAUUAUGGCUCUCAUGAUGGUUUUUGCCUCAUUAUUAUACAUAAAACGGAACAAUCUUGACUUUUUGUAUAACCGAAACUCUUGGGCAAUGAUAUCUUUGUUUAUUGUAUUCGUUAUGACUUCAGGGCAAAUGUGGAAUCACAUUAGAGGACCACCUUUGAUGACCCGAAAUCGUCAAGGAACCGGAAUGACUUAUAUUCACAAUAGUUCUAGUGCUCAGUUUGUCAUUGAAACUUAUAUUAUCAUUUUACUUAAUGUUUCAAUUUGUGCUGGAAUGAUUUUACUUACUGAAGCCAUGAAGGGUAAAACUGACCAAAGAAAAAGAAAGAUUACUGCAAUAAUCGGCUUAGGAUCAACUCUAAUUUUUUUCAGUCUUUUACUUUCCAUUUUCCGAAGCAAAGCUCACGGUUAUCCAUAUAGUUUCUUAUUCAAAUAACUUUUCUUCUGGAAUAAUUGAAAAUUAGAAACACAACUUCCGGUCAUCUUAAAAAAUUGGUAUAAAUUUAAGCUAAACUAUAUAAUAUAAAAUCUGUGGUUCUUUUUUCCCAAUAAUUUUGCUGAUAAAACCAUUGGAUAUUAUAUGACAUCUUGGAUGUUUUCAUUAUGAGAAUAAAAAAAUUACUCAAUUUUUUCACACAAUUAAAA